AUGUCGGGUAGAUCUCACCCUAAGGACGGUGAAGGAGACCUUUCGCCGGCGGAUAUGUCUUCCCCACGGCAGACAAACACACCGUUUGUCCAUAAGGUCGAAGUUCCUCCGAAGCAAAACCUGUUCAAUGAGUUCAUGUACACUUUCAAAGAAACCUUCUUCCACGAUGAUCCUCUUAGGGAUUUCAAGGACCAGUCACUGUCCAAGAAGCUCAUGCUCGGGAUCCAGUCGGUCUUCCCGGUUUUCGAAUGGGGACGAAAGUACAAUCUCAAGAUGUUUCGUGGAGAUCUUAUUGCCGGUUUAACCAUAGCCAGUCUGUGCAUUCCUCAGGAUAUUGGAUAUGCAAAGCUCGCAGGUCUCGACCCUAAGUAUGGUCUAUAUUCAAGCUUUGUUCCUCCGUUGGUGUACGCGUUUAUGGGUAGCUCAAGGGAUAUAGCGAUCGGACCCGUCGCAGUGGUUUCACUUCUUUUAGGCACUCUGCUUCGAGCUGAGAUCGACCCGACCACAAACCCUAACGAAUAUCUCCGCUUAGCCUUCACUGCCACGUUCUUCGCUGGUGUCACUCAAAUGACACUCGGUUUCUUUAGAUUAGGUUUCUUGAUUGAUUUCUUAUCCCACGCCGCGGUGGUAGGGUUCAUGGGCGGAGCAGCCAUAACCAUAGCUCUUCAACAACUCAAAGGGUUCCUCGGAAUCAAGAAAUUCACCAACAAAACCAGUAUCAUCGCGGUUCUUCAAUCCGUCUUCAGCUCAGCCCAUCACGGAUGGAAUUGGCAGACAAUACUCAUUAGUUCAUCGUUCUUGAUCUUCCUCCUCGUCUGUAAGUUCAUUGGCAAGAAGAACAAGAAACUGUUUUGGAUUCCGGCCGUCGCACCGUUGCUAUCGGUUAUUAUUUCAACCUUCUUUGUCUAUAUUACCCGAGCCGACAAGAAAGGUGUUAAAAUAGUAAACCAUCUCGAUAAAGGUAUAAACCCUUCUUCACUGCGUCUAAUAUACUUCUCCGGCGAUUUCCUACUUAAAGGCAUCCGCAUUGGCGUUCUCUCAGGCAUGAUCGCCUUAACGGAAGCUGUAGCGAUCGGAAGAUCAUUUGCAGCAAAGAAGGACUACCAAAUCGACGGAAACAAAGAGAUGGUAGCAUUAGGAGCAAUGAACGUGAUCGGUUCGAUGACUUCUUGCUAUGUAGCCACGGGUUCGUUCUCAAGAUCAGCUGUGAACUUCGUGGCGGGAUGUCAAACAGCAGUUUCCAACAUCAUAAUGUCAAUGAUCGUCCUCUUAACGCUUCUCUUCCUCACUCCUCUUUUCAAAUACACACCCAACGCCAUUCUUGCUGCCAUCAUCAUCAACGCCGUGAUCCCUUUGGUCGACGUAAACGCAGCCGUUUUGAUUUUCAAGAUUGAUAAGCUUGACUUCGUUGCUUGCAUGGGAGCUUUCUUUGGUGUCAUCUUUGCAUCUGUUGAGAUCGGUCUUCUCAUUGCCGUGGGCAUAUCUUUUGCUAAGAUACUCUUGCAAGUUACAAGACCUAGGACAGCGAUUCUUGGAAAGAUUCCGAGGACAUCGGUUUACCGGAAUAUCCAUCAGUAUCCUGAAGCGACUAGGGUUCCAGGAGUUAUGAUAAUUCGUGUUGACUCAGCCAUAUACUUCUCAAAUUCUAAUUACGUUAGAGAAAGGAUUCAAAGGUGGAUAACAGAUGAAGAAGAGAAAGUGAAAGCGGUUAGCUUACCUAAUAUCCAGUUUCUGAUCAUCGAGAUGUCACCUGUUACAGACAUCGAUACUAGCGGUAUUCACGCCUUAGAAGACUUAUACAAGUCUCUCCAGAAGAGAGACAUUCAGUUGGUUCUAGCGAAUCCAGGACCGUUGGUAAUAGUUAAGCUACACGUCUCUAACUUCGCAGACAUGUUAGGAUACGACAAAAUAUUUCUGACGGUGGCUGAAGCCGUUAAUUCUUGCUCUCCAAAACUCUCUGACGAGGUCUGA